CGAAACACAUAGUAGAGUGGAUAGUCUACAACAGCGCUGAUAUAUUUUCUUAGCCAAUGCGUAACAAUUUUCGAAAACCGGUAAAUGUGCCAUACCGUAUGCUUGUCAUGGCGGCGAGGAGGACGAGCAAUAAAAAUGGCCGGAAGAUACAAGGGGCAGUGGGGAGGGAUAGUAAGGCCGAAUAGAAGGCAGCGGUCCACGCGUUCUCAGCAGCCUAUCCUAGAUUUAUUUCCGUGGAUGUUGCGCAAUAAUAUGCUGCGUUGUUAGCUCACUGAAUGCUACCCCUCGUUUGGUUUCGAAGAGGUGCCAAGGGCUAGUGAGUAACAUUUAAUUGUCACUGGCUACCAUUUCUUUAAAAGAGCGUGAUUAUGUUUGCUGUGUAUAUUAUGCAUUAUAAUGUUAUUUUUCAUUAUCAAUGUAAUGGAGACUUAAUCAUCUUUGUGUUACAUUAAUGUGUUCGUUUAAUAUUAAACACAUUAACAUGGAAAUAAUUUUCAUUGGAGAAUUUCGAAUAAAAAUGUGAAUUGCACAGAAUUUUUACGCGAGAUUUUGUCAAUUUUUAAUUAAAUGAAAAUUAGAGUAUGGCUUAAAUUUUUAUUAUAUACUAAUAAUGAAUAGAAUUUAUAGGAAAAAUUAAGUCAUAAUUUAAUUAUGUUUUAAAGAAAUUUUUAUUUUAUAGAAAAUAUUUUUAUUUUUAGGAAAGAAAGUAUUUACAUACUUUAUAAUAAUUAUUUGAUUUUACAAAAUUUUAUUAUUAUAUUUGUUGUUAAUUUAAUUAAUUUAAUUAGCUUAGUUUUUUUAUUGUUUAUUCGUUUACUUGUUUAUUAUUUAUCUAAUUGUUAAUAUUAUGGCAAAAUAUAUUAAAUUUAUUUUUUCAUUAUAAAAAAUUAUUUAAUUUUAAUACUUUAUAAAUAUGUAUAUAUUACAUAUUUAUAUAUAUAGUACAUAUAAUAUAUAUAUUUUUAUAUAUUUUUUAUAUAUCAAAAAUACAAUAUGAUAUAGAUAAAAUUUGCAUUUUACUUUUUUGAAUUAAUAAUUAUCUUUAUUUUUAUUUAUUUUGUUAAAAUUUUUUUAAAUAUAAAAUUCUGUUCCUCUUCUCUAUAGAUAUUGAUUCUAAUCUCGAAAUUUAUCAUUAGUUUAGUUUACUUUAGUUUAUUGUAUUUUCGUCAACUUUUAUUUUAGAUUAUUUCAUAUAUUCUUUUUGAAGAAAAAAUACUUUUCCUGUUGAAAAGAAAAACGAUAAGAAAAAUCAUCGAAAUACUUUGAUGACGUAUCUCGAUCGUUAACACAUUUAUGCGAUAUACGCACAAUCAUACUGUGAGAUAAGAUUACAUUAACGAGGUAAUCAUGAGUCGUAUGAAAACGCAACAAUCUCUGUCAGAAGUGAAUUUACGUUCGAAAUUAGUUACGGUAUUAGUUUAACAAAUCUUUACAAAGUCUAAUGUUAAAAUAAAGUUAAAAUAAAUAAUUAAUAUUAUGACUAAUAAUACUAUUGUUUAUUUAAUUAUUGUAUUAAUUAUUUCGAUAUUUUUCGAAAUCACAGUUUUGGCACAAUAUUCACAACAAUGCUCUUCAUUUUGUAUAUGUGAUACUUGGAACAGUUUAAAACGCGCUUCUUGCGUAGGCCGCCAUCUUUAUAAUAUAGAUGCAGGUGCACCAAACAACGUACAAGCCUUGGACUUAUCGGAUAAUGUGAUAUCAUUUCUAAAUAGUUUUGAACUAAAGAAUGCUGAACUGACGAAGUUACAAUAUCUUAAUCUUUCCAAGAAUGCAAUCAGUGAAAUUAAUUUGAAUGCUUUUGAUGGUCUUACAAAUUUAAUAGUCUUGGACUUAUCGAAAAAUCGACUUCAUUAUAUUUUAGAUGAAAUUUUUGAAAAAAACAAGAAUUUACGAAUUUUGAAAUUAUCAAAUAAUAAUUUUAACUCACAUAUACCAAAAUUGCGAUCCUUUUCAUUAAUGGAAUUAACUUUGGAUUCAUGUCGGAUCAGUCAUUUACCACUGGAUAUAUUCAAUGGACUUACGCAUAUUCGUCGUCUCGAUCUUUCAAACAAUUUGAUGAUUCAGAUGAGCAAGACCGUUGUGCAAAGAUUGCAUUUUUUGAAGAAAUUAUCAUUAGAAGGAAAUCCAUGGUCUUGCAAUAAUGUUUUACAUGAUUUACAAAUAUAUCUCAAAUAUAAAAAUAUCGAAUUCAAUGAAAUUUGUGGUAAGAAAAAUAAUUCCCAGAAAUUUGAGAAAAUGAUUCUUCUUCCUGUAACACUGCGCAAUUAUCAUCACUCGGCAAUUAUGAAUACAUCUACUAAGAAAAUUAAAUCGAUAACAAAAUAUAAUAUAUCAAAUAUAUUAAAUAAUAAAAAUUUAUCGAUAUGCGAACAAAUGAUAAAUCAAACACAUAUUAUUAAUUCAACAGAUAAAUUUGUAUCAUAUUGCUUUCUUUGUCUUGGUUUUAUAGCUGGUAUUUCCAGUGGAUUAAUUAUUUCUUAUAUUUGGUUAUCAAGAAAAUAUUCAUAUAAUCCAAGAUAUUGGUAUCGUGGACAACUUCAUGACGACUUAAUAGUUUCUCAAAGAAUGUCUUUGUUAAAUUCGUUUUCACAAGGACGCACGGAUAGUAACGGAAGUUUGAUAGAAUCUUGUCCAGGUACUCCUCCACCGCCAUAUCGGGAUGUUAUAUUAAGACCUACUCUUUAUUGUUAUCCAUCAGUAGUUUCAAAUUUAAAUAAUAAUGAUACCAGAUAUAGAGAAAGAUAUACAUAAUUUCACGAAAUAAUUCAUUGUUAUGAGUACAAAAUAUUAUAACGUGAUUUAUUAAGAAAUGAAUUUCUAAUUUUUAUAUAUAUUAUUUUUUAUACUAUAUUAUAAACUAUAAAUCAAUAAUAUAUACUUUAAAUCAAUGAUAUCAACAAUAAUCAAAAUAUAACAAAAUAUAACAAUAAUCAAAUUAACAAAUUAUAUAUAAAAAAAAAAUUAUAUAAAUUAACAAAUAUCAGGAAAACAAUUUGGAUAAAAAUAAAUUAAUUAUUAUCGAUAAAUUAUUAUUAAAAAUAUAUACAUAUACAUUUUUUCAUUAACAAUAUUUAUCUAUUAGAAUCAAAUAUGAAUUAUAUUUACAUAUUUACGUAAAAAUAUAAAAUUACAACAUUUAUAAUUGAAAAUAUAUCUUUGUUUUUGUAUAAUAGAAUUAAUAACAAUACACAUUUUCAAAUAAAAUCAAAUAUAAACUUA